AUGAAGCAAAAAGCACCAAAGUCAAUGGGUACCGUCACAGCGGCCAUCGGCCUCGGCCUAAUCGGACGUGAGAAAAUCGACCGGCCAGGCGGACGUCCCAAGUAUAUCGACCGAGCCCUCUUUAGGCCGAAAGCAAGACAGACUCUGACUUCCGAACACGGCAUGCCCUGCUGGGGUUCGAGGCAUGGACAGCAUAUAGACAUGUCCCGUGAAAUUGAGCCGGUGAUAGCAGCGACGAUGAGGCCAGCAGACUUUACUCCUUCGUCCGAAUCUCCCACGGCAGAGAAAGGAAUGAAGGUCGUCUACUUUGGUAACGAGCUUCCUCAUGAUGGUCUCCAAGGCGUCUGUCGACGACUACACGCCUACACCAAAGACCGGCGUCAUCCGCUCCUGGCUCAAUUCAUCGAGGAGAGUACCUGGGCAGUUCGUGACGAGGUUCGACAGCUUCACGCUGCGCAAAAAGCCUUGGUUCCGCCGUUCGAAAGCGUCCUACACCUUGCUGAACAGCCGGAGCUGUGCAAGGGACCCCUUUGCGGGUCGAUCGAGGGCGUUCUUCUCUGUGCCAUCCAGUUGGGAACCUUUAUCGGUUACUACGAGGCUUCGCCCAACGAAUAUGUCUUUGACUCCGCCCAUACAUAUCUCACAGGCCUGGGACUGGGCCUGUUGGCGUCGACGGCAGUCUCUGUCUCCCCGACGCUGGCGGACCUCCCCCUGGCUGGGGCAGAGGUCGUCCGAGUGGCUUUCCGUCUUGGAGUGCUGGUUGCCGAUGUCUCUCAGAACCUCCAACCGGCUGAUGCGACGGGAGAUCAAGGCUCAUGGGCCUAUGUGAUUCCCAAUGUCGCUCCUAAAGAAGCGGAAGAGGAGCUUACUGCUAUCCACACGCGAGAAAAUACGCCCGAAGCCAGCCGGAUCUUCAUCAGCGCGAUCAGUCGAACGUCGGUGACCAUCAGUGGGCCGCCGCAUCGACUCAAGCGCCUCUUUCGAAUGUCUGAUUUCUUCCGUGACCGCACUUUCAUAGCUCUUCCCGUGUAUGGAGGCCUGUGUCACGCAAAACACAUCUACAGCUCGCAGCACGCCCUUUCCGUGGUUGAGAGCCCAUCAACAGCAGCCUUGGACACACGCUUCAUCGCUAGGUACCCGGUUCUCUCGACCAGUUGCGGCGAGCCCUUCCCCACAGCCACGACGGCGAGGGAGCUGUUCGAACAUAUUGUUACCGAAAUCCUCACCCAGGCAAUUGAGUGGGAGAAUGUCAUUCAGGGAGUUGUCGAGAGGGCCAAGCUGCUCUCAGUAUCCGAGGUCCAAGUCUUGGUCUUCCGCAUCUCACUCCCUGUUCACGACCUCCUGUCAGCCUUGCAGACGUCCCUAAGCGAACAUGUCGAGGUGACUAUCAAGGACCUCGAUCCAUGGGUCACAAAGGCAAGAGACGAUCAGGGAUUCGCGCCGCGGGGCACAGCGCAAUCCAAGAUCGCGAUCGUCGGCAUGUCGUGUUGCAUGCCCAGCGGAGCGACCGACACGGAGAAAUUUUGGGACAUUCUUGAAAAAGGGCUCGAUGUCCAUCGCAAGAUCCCACCAGACCGAUUCGACGUGGAUAGCCAUUAUGAUCCCGCAGGCAAGCGCGUCAACGCCAGCCACACACCAUAUGGCUGCUUCAUUGACGAACCAGGCCUCUUUGAUGCCCCCUUCUUUAAUAUGUCCCCCCGAGAGGCUCAACAGACUGAUCCAAUGCAGCGUCUCGCUAUUGUCACGGCCUACGAAGCCCUCGAGCGGGCCGGAUAUGUGGCUAACCGCACCCCAUCGUCCAACAAACAAUGCACUGGCACAUUCUACGGCCAAGCCAGUGAUGAUUACCGCGAGGUUAAUUCAGCACAGAAUAUCAGCACCUAUUUCAUCCCCGGUGGCUGUCGCGCAUUUGGGCCGGGACGGAUCAAUUACUUUUUCAAACUCUGGGGGCCGAGCUUUAGCAUCGACACGGCCUGCUCCUCCAGCCUGGCCACUAUCCAGGCGGCCUCUACCGCUCUCUGGAAUGGCGACACGGACACAGUGGUUGCCGGAGGAAUGAACGUUCUGACGAAUUCGGAUGCCUUUGCCGGCCUCAGCCACGGGCAUUUUCUGACCAAGACUCCCAACGCAUGUAAAACGUGGGACUGCGAGGCAGAUGGGUAUUGUCGUGCGGACGGAGUCGCCUCUCUUGUGAUGAAGCGGCUGGAUGAUGCGGAAGCUGAUAAUGAUAACAUCCUAGGAGUUAUUCUUGGGGCUGCGACAAACCACUCUGCUGAGGCUAUCUCUAUUACCCAUCCACAUGCCGGCGCCCAGUCCUUUCUGAGCUGUCAGGUCCUCCGCAGUGCUGGCAUUGAUCCAACAGAUGUCAGCUACGUGGAGAUGCAUGGAACUGGGACCCAGGCUGGGGACGCGGAGGAAAUGAAGUCAGUCAGUGACAUUUUUGCCCCGGCUGUUAAGCGGCGCAGUUCCAAGCAGCCGGUGUUUAUCGGUGCAGUCAAGGCCAACGUCGGCCACGGGGAGGCUGUAGCAGGAGUUACCGCAUUAUUAAAGGUGCUUCUCAUGUUCCAGAAAGAGGCCAUCCCUCCACAUGUCGGCAUCAAGAACAGCAUCAAUCCCGGAUUCCCUAAGGACCUGAAACAACGCAAUUUGCACAUUCCCUAUGAAAAGCAGCCCUGGCCCCGCGUCCCCGGCAGGAAGCGCAUCGCGAUGGUGAACAAUUUCAGCGCUGCUGGGGGGAAUUCGACUUUAGCGGUAGAAGAAGGGCCUCUUCGCCCCAAGCCUGUCGGGGCGAUUGACCCCCGUUCUUCACACCUGGUCACCGUCUCGGCAAAGAGCAAGGUCUCCCUCAAAGGGAAUCUCGAGCGACUCCUGGGAUUUUUGGAUGCGCAUCCGGACGUGGUCAUGUCUGACCUGGCGUACACGACCACCGCACGCCGUCAUCACCAUAACCAUCGAGUCGCCGUGACCACUUUGGAUGUCGCGCAUCUGAAGAAGCAGCUUUCUGCAAGCCUCGAAUCUGAAUCUGUCAACACCAUUCAACCGAUUUCUCCUACAGGCCCGCCCCCCCUUGCCUUUGCCUUUACAGGCCAGGGAGCCUCAUACAAAUCAUGGAACCUCCAACUCUUCCACGACUCACUGUACUUCCGCUCGCAGAUCUUCCACCUGGAUGCGUUGGCCCAAGGGCAAGGGUUUCCCUCGAUCAUCCCUGCUAUUGAUGGUUCCUAUCCCCGGGAUCAUACACACUCCCCCAUCGUCACACAGCUGGCGUUGGUCUGCACUGAGAUCGCACUCGCUAAAUACUGGGCCUCAUUAGGUGUGAAGCCGGACGUGGUGGUAGGCCAUAGCCUGGGUGAGUACGCGGCCCUCCAUAUCGCUKGAGUUCUGUCUGCUAGUGACGCUAUCUUCCUUGUUGGAUGGCGUGCUCGCCUGCUUAAGGACAGGUGCCAGCCCGGUAGCCAUCAGAUGAUGGCGGUUCGGGGGUCCCUUGCCCAGAUUGAGCACAUCGCGGGGAGCCUGCCGUAUGAGGUUGCUUGCGUCAACGGACCCACAGAAAUAGUCCUUAGUGGGACACUUGAAGAGAUGGCAGCUGUGGCCAAGCCCCUAGAAGCGGAGGGACUCAAGUGUAUCAUUCUAGAGGUGGCGUUUGCCUUCCACUCUGCGCAGAUGGACCCCAUUCUUGAUGAAUACGAGGUGCUGGCUGCAUCAGGGGUGGUCUUCCAGGCACCUAACUUGCCUGUGAUCUCGCCGUUGCUCAGUAAGGUUGUCUUUGAUGAGAAUACAAUAGAUGCGCGGUAUAUGCGGCGGGCGACGCGUGAGACCGUUAAUUUCCUCUCUGCGAUGGAAAUGGCCCAUAAGAUAUCCAUCAUUGACGAUGCUAUGGUGUGGAUCGAAAUCGGCCCGCAUCCUGUCUGCGUCAACUUCGUCCGAUCGUCCCUCCCCUCGACCAGCGUGACGGUGCCGUCGCUCCGCCGCGGAGAGGAUAACUGGGUGACACUCACAAACAGCCUGGGGAUUCUGCACUGUGCUGGGGUGGCUGUGGAUUGGAAUGAAUUCCACCAGCCCUUCGAACGCGCCCUGCGUCUCUUGGAUCUACCCACCUACAGCUGGAAUGACAAGACCUAUUGGAUCCAGUACAACGGGAAUUGGGCUCUCACCAAGGGGAACACAUUCUACAAUGAAGAGGUCCCAAAGACCAAUGGUCUUGCCGGGCUGGCAUCGGAACUGAGGACGUCCACCGUGCAGCAAAUCAUCCAGGACCAGUUCGACGGAGAGGCUGGAUCGGUUGUCAUGCAAUCGGACCUCAUGCAGCCGGACUUCCUGGCAGCAGCACAUGGCCACAAAAUGAAUGGACGGGGGGUUGUCACCUCGUCGAUCCACGCCGAUAUCGCGUUCACGUUGGGUGAAUAUCUCUACAAAAAACUAAGUCCCAAUCGGGAAGCGAACAUGAAUAUCGCCAACCUGGAAGUCGUCAAGGCUCUGGUGGCGCAGGAGAAUGCAAAGUCACCACAGCUCAUCCAAGUGUCUGUGACCACCGCGAAUAUCCGGUCCGGACAGGCACACCUGAAAUGGCAUAACGUCAUCAACGGGGCUGUCGAGGAGCCGUUUGCCAGUGCAACCAUCUACUAUGAGGAGGUGAGCGAGUGGCUGACCUCCUGGCGUCCUGCGACACAUCUCGUGCAGGGCCGGAUCCAUGCUCUGGAAAGGCUCGCUGAAGAGGGAGUGGCCAACCGCUUCAACCGGCGCAUGGCCUAUGGGCUAUUUGCCAGCAGCCUUGUCGACUACGCUGACAAGUACCGCGGCAUGCAGUCAGUGGUGCUGCACAAUCUGGAGGCCUUUGCUGAUGUUGUCCUCACCACUGAGAAAGGGGGCACCUGGACGAUUCCCCCGUACUUUAUUGACAGUGUGGCACACCUAGCAGGCUUUAUUAUGAACGUCUCCGAUGCAAAUGACACGAAAGCCAAUUUCUGUGUCACUCCCGGGUGGAAUUCAAUGCGGUUUGCGGCCCCCCUUGUCGCGGGGCAGAAGUACCGCUCUUAUGUCAAGAUGAUCCCGACUGUUGAAGACAACAAUAUCUAUCUGGGUGACGUCUACAUCCUCCAGAACGAAACCAUUGUUGGCAUGGUCGGGGGAAUCAAGUUUCGGCGGUAUCCUCGAAUCCUCCUCAAUCGGUUUUUCUCACCCCCGGAUGCGGAUGCCCGAAAGUCGACGCCUGCUGUGCCUGCGCCUCCUGCUACACUGGAGCCCGAGCCUAAGCGGGCUCCCACCGGUAAUAUAGAUGCUUCAACUCCAGACGAUGCUCCGACUGUCAACAGAGUCGAUGAAGCCGCUGAAUCAGACUCCAACAGUACCGCCGCCAAAGCGAUGGCUCUAGUGGCCACAGAGGCCGGACUCGGGCUGAGCGACCUCAAGGACGGCGCCAGCUUCUCUAGCCUAGGGAUCGACAGUCUAAUGAGUCUGGUCAUCUCCGAGAAAUUCCGGGAGGCGCUGGGGGUGACAGUGACAGGCAGCCUGUUCUUGGAGUAUCCGACAGUAGGUGAUUUGAAGAGCUGGCUACUGGAGUACUACAGCUGA